GUGCACGCGCCUCACCUUUCAGCGUCGCGCGCUGUCCCGCUGUUGGUAACGUGCGUCCUUUGCGUUAACAUGGAGGAUUGCCUUCGGCGACUGUAGAAUGAUAGUUUUUCAUUUUGAAAUCUACUUGUCUUUAUUUUGUGGUCGUUAUUAUUUCGCGUUCGGGAUAGUGUGAACCACGCCGCACCAUCUCCACCCCCCGCGCUUACUGGAGGGGAUUAGAAACACAAACCCUCACGGGAAUGAAGACUGGUCCUCCACAGCAGAAUGAUGGAUGGAGAAAUAGCAGGAUGGGACUUUAAGUGGCUCCCACAUGGAGCCCUGACACAAAGGGCUGAGAGCAGGUAAAUGGAACUGCAGGACAGGAGUCGCUCCCCGUCCCGCAGGACCAGCAGGGUGGAGCAGGUGGUGGGCAGAUGGCUGAGACGUUCCCGAGAUUUGGGCAGCAGGUCUUUGAGCAGAGACAGAGUUGCAAUAGAUGGGAGACCGGCAGAGUCCGUUUGCACAGAGAGGAGGAACUAUCCUUUCCGCUUGAAUGUUUUGAUCCAAAAGGACCCAAAGUUCAAAUCUCAUGGCCUCACCCUUUCUUCCCAGCCACCUAUCUUGGUACAAGAGGUCACCCAAGGCGGUCCUGCAGAUGGCCGGCUCUUCCCUGGCGACCAGCUUGUGAAGAUCAAUAAUGUUGCUGUCGAUGACUUGACCCCUGAGCAAGCUGCUGAAAUUAUCAGAGAGUGUCAAGAGUCAUUGUCUGUGACUAUACUCAGAACAAUGCUGGGUCCUAAGUCAUCAUUUAUCACGGCUGAAAAGAGGGCGAAGCUCAAGUCCAAUCCUGUAAAAGUUCACUUUGCUGAGGAGGUGGAGGUUAAUGGCCACUCUCAGGGCAAUUCGCUGCUAUUCCUGCCUAAUGUCCUGAAGGUGUAUCUGGAGAAUGGGCAGACCAAGGCCUUUAAAUUUGAACCCAGCACGACAGUCAAGGAUAUUGUGAUGACGCUGAAGGAAAAACUUUCUCUGAGAAAUAUUGAACAUUUCUCCCUGGUGCUCGAGCAACUAUACAGUGUCACGAAACUACUUCUACUACAUGAUGAGGAGAAGAUCCAACAGGUGGUCCAGAAGAAGGAGUCCCGUGACUUCAGAUGUCUAUUCCGUGUUUGCUUCAUUCCAAAACUACCUGAGACUCUGCUACAAGACGAUCAGACUGCCUUUGAGUACCUUUACCUGCAGGGAGUGAAUGAUGUCCUGCAAGAGCGUUUUGCUGUGGAAAUGAGGUGUAACACCGCGCUGCGACUUGCCGCCCUGCACAUCCAGGAGAGGCUGGCAAGCUGUGGACUGUCCCCGAAGACGAGCCUGAAGAUAGUCACUAAGACGUGGGGCAUCGACAACUUUGUUUCAUCCACGUUGCUGAGAAACAUGCGAGAAAAAGAUUUGAUGAAGGCCAUUAGCUUUCAGCUGAAGAAGAGCCAAUCCCAAUAUGAUUCCAAACAGAGGGGCCUGACAGUCAACCAAGCACGCAUAAAUUACCUGGAAGAGCUGAGUGAGCUCAAGUCUUAUGGUGGGAAAUCUUUUAGCGCAACUAUGAUGCUCCAGGACAGAGAGUCCACAGUGACACUGUUGGUGGGUGCCCGUUAUGGAGUGAGUCAGGUGAUCAACCACAAACUUAGCAUCCUGUCCACCCUCACAGAAUUUAACAGCAUCACACGCCUCGAGCUCGUUCCUGAGUCCGACAAGGUCAGCUUGGUUAAAAUAUACCUGCAGGAUGUUAUGCCCAUAACACUACUACUGGAGACAGUUGCAGCGAAGGAUAUGUCAUGCCUAAUCGCGGGAUACUGUCGAGUAUUUGUUGACCCCAAUAUCAACAUCUUUCCCUGGAUGGACAUCCCAAAAAAGCACAGAGUGUCCGCUGAAGAAGGUUAUGUUUCACGUUGUGGGAGCGACUCUGACCACUCAUCUGACUUAGACAUGGAGUCGCCUGUCACCCAUCCGUCUUUCAAUGCCAAACGCCGCCGACGUGUUGGCUCCUCUUCAGACCCAGAGGCAAGGAAAAGACGAGAAGGGCGCGCCAGGAAAAACAAGUAUGACAGUGAAUGUAGGAAUAACAAAUCAUCUGACAAGAGGCAAAAAGAAGAGAGCGCUGCUAACACAGAAAAAGAAAGUCAUCGACUUGAGUGUGAGAAUGAGGACAAACUGCUUAAGGACAAAGAAGCCCAAAGUAUUGGCCAUGCAGACAAGGAUUGUAUGAAACUUGAAAAUGAGAUGCAGGAAACUAAGUUGGAAAGUGGGGUAGCCGAAGACCAGCUUUCAUCAGAUUCAUGUCAUACCGACUCUCGGAUUGUUACCAGCCCUUCCAGUGACUCCCUUGACCUCCUGGAGGAAGACGACUUGAUUUCAUGCUCCUCUUCCUCCAUGCAUCCAAUUGUUUCAGCACAAAAUCAUGCUCAAAUCUAUUCAACCCUUGAAAUUCACCCCUACGCUCACAACCACUCGAAGGCCAACUUACUUGUUCCUCCACCUGCUCAUUCCCAUCCUCUCCUUCACGUCACAUCUUACAAUAGCGAUGAAGGGGGCAACAGAAGGCCCGCUGACAUAGUUGAUCCCCAACACUUUGAAGCUGCCCCCACCGCUCUUGACAUUGACCUUACCAAUCAGUCCGCCAGCUGUUACACUGAAGACGACAUAUGCUUCGCUGAGCUCUCUCGUCUUGUGGACCUCCUCCCGAGCCCUCCGGAGGCCAGCGAUGAUGAUGAUGAGGAUGAAGAAAAGGACUUGAGGAAAAGGAGAAAUAAGCUGAAUGACAACAAGGAGGAUAGACGAAUAUGUGAAGUAACACAAACAAGCAGGAAGAGCAGUUUUAGGGGACACCCACAGUCCCCAUCCUUGUCCUCGGCCUCUUCCCACUCAGACUUUGUGUUCAACUUUGACCAGAGAGAUGCCAGCUGCUACUACAAACUCUGCUCCAACAUCACACCUGACAGUGCUCGCAGCCUUUCCCGGCCUGCGAAAGAAACACGGAGAGGAGACGGGAAGAGGACGGAGGUCGAAAGCCAUCAAGCUCAUGAACUGCGGUCAGCUCCCAUCCUACAGCCACCACCUGGCUUUGGAGACAGCAGCUCUGAUGAGGAGUUCUUUGAUGCCAGAGAUGGCUUCACUUCACCUGAUGACACAGUUCCAGGCAUGGAGCUCAAAGAUAAUUAUACUGAGAUGAAAAUGGAUGGUGCCAACUCCCUCAAUCUUAGUGACAUCACAGUCUCUGUGGGAGAUGCAAAGAAAGAUAGAAAAUCAGAAGAGCAACUCCAAAAAUGGGACAAGGAGGAAUGUGGCAAAAAAGCAUUUGAUGAGCUGAGAAAAAGAUCCCGUAAGCGUCGUUCCUUCAUGGAAACAGAUUAUACCUCCAGGGUGUCAUAUCCAGAACCCAAACCACCAUCGAUGCAGGACCGGGUCCAUUCCAUGCUCAGUAAAAACAUUGUGGCCAAAGGUAGUGAUGCCCAUACACUGAGUUCUGAGCCUGAACCUUCAGAACAAACCGAUAACCCAAGUCCUACUGUCUUCUCUUUGACUUACUCUGAAGGGGAACCAGUACAGCUUGAGUCAAAACCCAUUCCCUCCAAUAGUGGAACCAACGAGCAAACUCUAGAUACUUUGGCAACAGGAACCAGGAACAGGAAACGUGAAAUGGAGAUGGAACCUGAUGCAAUGGAAUCAAAAUCUCUCACAGAUCACAUUAGGAUAGCAGCUCCUUCUAUCACUGUUGUGCGUUGUCGUGUAGAUCUAGAUGUCAGGGAGAGUUCUGAGGGGGAGGGUAGAGGUGAAAGACCAGAGAUAGAAAGAGGUCAGGAGAGAGUGGAAGAGAGAAAAAAAGAGGAAGAUCAGGAGCAAAGUGUGACAGGGAAUGGACCAUUCACUUCAGAUACGUUCUCAGUGAAGGUUACUGAGGACAAAGACAAUUCAAAAGGACCAAUUAACUGCAGUGAAGGUGAGGGCAAAGCUCUCACAUUGACUUCAUGGCUGGUAGAGUUGAAUAACAAGGGUGCCCACCAGAUUGCCCCUGUUCACAAUUCGCACGCAGAAGAUGAAAUGCCUGAAGAUGACUCAACACUUGAAUCAUUUUGCCCCCCACCGCCUCCACCAUCAUCCCCUCUGACUCCAUUGCCUCUUUGUCACAAAUCCCAAAGCUUACAUAGAGAAUGCACAGGAACCUCUACCGAAAUAUCCUCAUCCAACUCUGAGGAGGAACCAAACCAAGUCAACAACUCACAAUUACAUUUAGAAAUCACGAAAAAUGAAGAUGAACCUACUGAUGUGAUUACAUUGGCUACAACUGCUAGUGAUGAGGUUACGGACAGCAUAAAUUCUGAUGUUUUUGAUGAUGAUGACUUGACAAAUACUGAUAUUGAAAAAGAUGUUGACAGACAUGACUGGUCAACAGAUUUAACUUGCAGCACGGGUGCCAUUUCAUCUACAGGAAGGGAUCAAUCUGAGAUGAGCAUUAAAUGUCUCAACAAUUCAACUACUGUAGCCCAUACAAAAAGUAAUCCUCAUUCUGAAUACUCACACACUAUAAACUCCAUCACAACUCAGCUUGGAGUUGCAACAAGUGUCCCUACAUCCCCUACAUUUACUUCAGGGGAUGGAUUGAAAACUGAGAUUUUAAAUGCUCUAUAUAUGACUCCUGUUGUCGAUACAAGUGCUUCUCCAAGUGCUUCUCCAAGUGCUGAUUCUAGCUCACUUCAAGCGAACACUGCCAUGACCCAUGAGCUUGCCAAAGAGCCUCCUCUGCCAACUCAUUUCAUCUUCCAGUCCUGUUCCCCUAGCAUCAUGGGCCGUUUGUCUGCCUCCACACUUCGAGGAAAGAUUCAAAAGUUGCCUCUUUAUUUAUCACGUUCCCAAGAGACCCUGAACCGAGUCGGGUGGGAGAAUGAAGCCCAAAGUCCUAUAAGGGACAGCAAGGCGAACAUUCCAAGUUCGCACAUUGUAAAAAACAAUCAUGAUGUCACAGAAAUCACAGAGACAAGAGCUACAGAGACAGAGGUAGUGGAGUCAGAUGAUUCCGAUAUAACUGUUACCGGAUCUGAGGUAGAGUGUGAAUUCUUUGUUGAAACAGCCUCAGCCUCUAACUCUAGUUUCGUGUCAGAAGUUAAGGAAACACCUACAAAGAUGUUAGUAGACCAUGAAAGUACAUCCUUACCUGUCCAAGUCGAACGUGAACCACAGCAUAAACUUCUCCUUGAAGCCGACAUGAACACUCUGCGGCCAAUAACAGAGCCCCCAGUUUCCAUCCUCAGUAGCCUCCGAAGAGAUUCUACAGGCCUUACGAUGGACACUCCUGGUCCUAUAAUCAUACCCCCAGAGUCAAAGAUGAAAGAUACCACCCCCGGUGAAAGCACUCCAGGUUAUAAAGUAAGUACUCGGUCAACCCACAGCCCUCUUCCGAUGGUGGUGACUACACAAAAUCUAAAUGGGCCUGGUCUACAUUUUCAUACUCAGUCACAAAUUGCACAACGGACCAGUACUGACAGGCCCUUGAUGGGUCUUUGUAGCCCAGCAGAACAAACAAUGGAGUCAUCGUACCCACUUUCUUCAGGCUGUAAUGUGUUUACCUUCUGGGAAGAACCACCCCAAGUAUCAUCAGAGUUAGGGAGUACUCUAAACUUGAAAACGGAGCUUGGGUGCACUUCUGUGCUAACAUCUAAGUGUGAGUCAGUAGUCGAGGGAUUAAAUAUGGAUGCUUGUGGUUGCCCAGCAGUCUACACCAACUGCUUCAACAGAGAGGGAAGCUUUGAAGAGGACUUGACCGUCUAUGAGUUCUCAUGCCAGGGCAGUGGUGAAACGCAAAAUUCAAGAUUACCCCUUCCACUUAUGAACGAUCCUCAAACAUCAUCCUUUCUUACAUCUUCUUCCACACACUCUUCCCCCUAUCCACACAUUCAACCCUCCUCCCCAACGUCUGAGCUCAGUCCCCUCCUCUCACCACUAUCCGAUGCAGAGUAUCUCCACACUCAAACACAAAAAGACACCAUUAAUCGCCUUAGAAAGCAACGUUACCCAGAACCGCCCACUGGGUUCCAAGUUUUACGUGCGGACGUAGACCAGCUCCUUUCUGUCCUGGAAAAUAGCAGUGCUGACCGUUCUGUAGUUGGUCGAGGAGGUUGCCACCCAAGAGAAAUGUGUGCUUCCCACUUUACAGAGAACAAGCAAGUACUCCAAACCGAGGCAAGGCGAUUGACGACAUGCUGCCAAAAGGUGGUGGCCAUCGACCAGAGUCCAGAGAAAAUGCUCAACUCUCUGGCUGAUAGUUUCCGGACUCUAGUGGAGUUGGCGGGAGCAUGCAUAUGGUUUUCGAGUUGUGACAGGUGUCAGCGGAGGAAUGCAGAAGCAGUUGCCGGUCUGCAAGAUGUGGCACGCUCAUUCAGGGACUUCUGUCUGGCAGCUGAGCGAGCCGGCAGAAAGCAUAGCUGCCAUGACCUGAGCACCAAACUGUUAGCUAAACAGUGCACUGCCCUCACUGCAUCUGUCUUCUGCCUGACUCAAAUCUUCCGUACUCUCACUGCACUUUGAGGUGGUAACAACCGCUGGUGCAAAACCUCAGCUGGCAUGGAAUGGAAAUGUGCAUGUGUUUACUGACUGUAUGAUUUGCACAGACCCAACAGUCUGCCAGUAACCCACCUGCAACCUGCCUAAACAAAUCUGCUUGCAUUACAGUGUAGAUUUGUAAUUGAAUGUAUGCUGUAUUAUUUCUAUCAAAUAAUUCAUCUGAUGAACGUUACUACAGUGUUUUAUAGAGUAAGUAAGGGAUGUAAAGCACAUGUGUCAAACUCAAGGCCCGGGGGCCAGAUCCGGCCCGCCACAUCAUUUUAUGUGGUCCACAAAGGCAAAUCACGUGCCUCGACUUCAUGUUUCUUCCUAGCAAAAUGGGUCAUCGUUUUCAAGUCGAAUGUUACAAUAUUGCGUUGUUUUUUUUGGUUUUUUUUUUUGUUACCAAACACACUUUUAAAAUGAGUUGAAAAGUAGCUGAACAAAGUUGUUUUCCUGGAUUGUAAUUUUAAAGCUAGUUAUCCAUCAGUUUGUUGUGUAUAUGGAAUAAUAUGAGGUAAUUAUACAUUUAUUCACACUCAUAAUGGUCCGCCGAGGGAACCCAAAACUAUGACAAAAAUUUGUUUGACACCCCUGAUAAGUAUAAGAACAUAGUUGUAAUUGUAAUACAUAGCUUUACUCUCAGGAGUUUUGGCUUGCGGCAGUGGUCGCCUUUUACUUUUGUUGCCCUGAGAUCCAAAAUACUGUCGAAAUUUAGACAAUCUAAUAAAACAAAUGCUGCUUCACAAAAUUUAAAAAUUACACGAUUGGAUGUUUG